UCCAUGUCCGACGAGACACUGGCCAAGGCCAGCGAGGAGCACGCCACCGUCCCCAAGCGGAGGAGCACGUAUAAGUCUUCCAUUUCCUCCCUACCGCCCCCGCCGCCUCCGCCACCCCCGCCGUUCCUUGUCCACAGUUACCACCCUGCGGCCGACCGCCGGACCACUGCGGCGAAGAGCUUCAAGGAGGAGCUGCAGGAUCACAGCACAAGAGGCAGAGGAGACCACGACCAUUACUCGCAGCAGAGUUCGCAGAGCUUCAACAGUUCAUCUACUUACACCAACUCCUCGCCGGCGACGCCAAGAAGCUCUUUCGAUGGCUCCUCCUCGUCGCCGUCAUCGCCGUCAGUCGGUAGAUCAGUGAGAACAAUCAGGCCAAGAGAAGGGAUCCAACCCAAAAUCCAAGAAGUGACCGACGAAGACGAAGCCGGCAAUGCACCGGAUAGCUCGCAUGGAUCAGAAGAGCCAUAUGGAUACAGAGAGUACCAAGCCGUCCCAAGGUUCCAGUACGAGAGGAGGAGCAGCGACCCAAUCCUGGGCAUAGUGGCGGUCUCCUCGGACGAGACCGAGAGCAGCGACGACGACGAGGACGGCGUUGGCGCCUACUCCACGAGGACGAACUCGCCGAGGGAGUCGCCGCCGACGCCGGAGGUGGACGAGAACGAGGUGGACAAGAAGGCGGAGGAGUUCAUCGCAAGGUUCAGAGAGCAGAUCAGGCUGCAGAGGAUCGCGUCCAUCAAGAAGUCCGCCGGACCCCGCGGCCUCAAGCACGGCAAGUAGCUCGCUCGGCUCGACUGGCUCGUCGCCGGUGUUCAUCCGUCUCCGGCCGGCGAUGGUUUUGCUAAUUAAGCUUUUCGGUGAACUAGUAGCUAAUGUUCAGAGAUAACAUACUACAUCGCUAUAGUAUCAAGAACCACCUGUAAACAUUCGUAUAGGUGAUGAAUGGGAGUGUAUUGUGUUCGUGUCAUGAACUCAUGAUCAUGACACGCUGGUGUUUUUUGGGGGGUCAUCAAGAGGUCGAUGAUCCAUCGGACCAUCUCUAGGUUUAUAAUUAGGCUGAAUUGGUUUGCCUAAGUGACUGCUGGAGUACCACUGUAUCUUUCUUCUCCAACUGACCACCUGUAGUAUUCUCCAUUUGGUGAGUAGUUCAGUAAGUUCAGCUCACCUUUACAGCAGCAUUCAGCUCAGCUUCAGAUAGUGUGGAAUCUGAUCCUGCCACCUGCUCUUUAUCUCGCCGAAUGAAUUCGGAUCCCUCGUUUGGAUGGGUGGUCCAAAAUUAUCCAGUUGUGUUCACUGCGAUCGGCCUGUAAUUAAUUUGUUGUUGUUGUUGUUGU